AUGCCUGCCAAACGCUGGUGCAGCUUCCCACCUUCCACGGAGCGAUGGGUCAGCGAGGACGGGGUCCCCUUCCACGUCCACCAGGAAGACGGCAUCCAGAUCUGUGACGGCUUCCUGCUCGGGCACUGCCCCCAGAGGGAGAGCUGCCCACUCCACCACACCCGCUACCCCUUCCACUGGCAGAUCAGAGGGAGCAGAAGGGUGGAGUGGCAGAGUCUGAGCGACUCAUCUCAGCGUCACUUGGAGAAGCUCUACAGCGACGCUACAAACGGCCUUGUGCGGUUCUUGGACAGGAACCAAUUGUUUGGGAUCUUGGACCUGGACACCAUGGAGAUGGGCUAUUCAGACGUGAUUAACGGAGUGAGGCGGCUGGCCAGCACCUCGGACUGGAAGCAGAAUCCUCGCUUCCACACCAGGUGGCAGGUGUACUGGAAGCUCAGAGACACGUGGCAGCGUUACCAGGAGCCUGUCCCCCACGACCUCCUCGCAGCUUUGGAGAGGGGCUCCCGGGAGCCCACCUUUUGGCUCCAGGGCAGGCUCUACACCCUGGAUCUGAGACCCCGUCGGUGGAGCACUGAAGGCCAGGGAUCUGUCCAACCCAUCCAGAUCCAGCGCCGACCUGCCUACCGCUCCCUGAGCUGCAUGGCACGAUAUCUGCGGACAGUCCCUAGGGGCUCCUGGGGACUCUUCCAUCCUUCCACAUCCAUCAUCCCCGGGGAGAGACCCACAGACGGGUACUGUGGCCCAUACCCAGCCGCCUGGGUUCCCCAGCCGCCCCAUGGCCAGGCCUUCCUUCAUGCAGAGGUGGCCUCGUCGGAAGCGGUGUACCGCAAGAUCUGUGAGCUCUUCCACGCGUCUGUCCCGGAGGACAUGGUGCUGGUGCUGAAGAUUUACAGGAUCCGGAACGAUGCACUCUGGAAAAAAUACAGCAGCCAGAAGGAGCGAAUGUCCCGAGGACUCUUGGCCCAGGAGAAGCGGCUCCUGGAGAGGCACCUCUUCCACGGGACCUCAGCCGACAACGUGGAGCCCAUCUGCCAGGCGAACUUUAACCCCCGUCUCUCUGGAAAGCACGGUGCCCAGUACGGCCAUGGCAGCUACUUCUCCUGCUACGCCAACCGCGCCCACAUCUUCGCUCUGGCCAACCGCGCCGACCGCCGCCACAUGUUCCUGGCCAAGGUCCUGGUGGGCAAGUGGGUGUUAGGGAGACCCGGGUACACCCAGCCGCCGGUGAGGGAACCCUGCAGGUGUCGCUACGACUCCUGCAGCGACAACGCCCACAAGCCCGGCGUCUACGUGAUCUUCGACAACUCCCAGUGCUACCCCUACUUUGUGAUCUGCUAUAAACUGCUCGGCGACCCUGUGACACUGGAGGGUGUCUGA